AAGCAAAUACAACUACACCUACUCUGGUUGCAACUAGUAUAGCUAUUACUAGCACCUUCACAGAGAAAAACAUCCAAAAUACUACCAAUAUAAUAUUAACAGAUACAAGCAAUAUUUCCUCAUUAGACAAAACAUUACCAAUAGACACUAAUAAACACUUUUAUAACUAA